CACACACACACACACACACCCACACACACACCCUUCCUCACUCUCAGUGUUACUUGCUCACAGGGCAGCUGUAGAUGGACGCUGAGCUGCACAGAAAUCAGCGUUUCUCCUUUUUCCUGCUUUUUCUUUGUGGGUUAUUUUUGAAGUUUAAUUGAUUAUUUUCCACACUGUACUGAAUCAGGAUGAACACCAACGACUUCAAAUCCAACGUGCAGUCCAGUCUGCAGAGGGCAAAGGACGUGAGCGAUGAGGAGAAGCUGUACAGAUACAAAGGGGUGCUGUACCCGCAGCUUCUCUCCCCCGAGGAGAACCUCAAGGCUCUGGAGAACUUCAAGGCCCGAGAGGAGGAUAUCAUGCUGGUGGCAUACCCCAAGUGUGGUUUUAACUGGAUGGUGGGGGUGGUGAGGAAGAUUAUCGCGGAGGUCACGGGGGUGAAAACGGAAGCCAGGAUGCCGCCGCUGAUAGAGUUUUUUGGACCAGAAAUGUUAAAGGAGGUGGAGGCGGCUCCCUCUCGGAGGUUUCUGGGGACUCACCUUCAUCCCGACAACAUCCCCGCCUCCUUCAAUGAAAAGAAAACUAAAAUACUGGUGAUCUUCAGGAACCCUAAAGACACGCUGGUCUCGUUUUAUCAUUUCUCCAACAACAACCCGGUGCUGCCCUCAGAGUCCUGGGACUCCUUCUACUCCAACUUCAUGAGCGGAGACGUUGCCUGGGGGUCAUACUUUGACCACGCUCUGGCCUGGGAGAAGAGGAUGGUCGACCCAAACGUGAUGAUCGUCACCUACGAGGAGCUGAAACAGGACCUGAGCGAUGGCAUCCGUCAGAUCUCCUCCUUCUUCGGCUACACUCUGACGGAGGCUCAGGUGCUUCAGAUCUCAGACGGCAGCACCUUCUCCGCCAUGAAACAGAGCUCCGCUAACUCCCAUGAGGCUUUGGGGGACGUCAUCUUCAGAAAAGGCGAGGUGGGCGACUGGAAGAACCACUUCACCCCCGAACAGAGCCGAGAGAUGGACGCCGCCUUCAACAAACAGCUGGCAGGAACCAGGCUGGGAGCCAAACUCAACUACCAACGCCACUGCCAGUAGGGAGCAAGGGAGCAAGGGGGGAAGGAAAGAAGGAGGAAACAAGUGCAUUAUGAAUGGCUGUUUUAUUUACUCCACUCCAAACUUUGGUUGAAAAGUUUCAAAUCUUGCAGCUCACAAAACGGGCAAAUUGUUGUUUUAUGGAUACUUUUUCUUUGUGCUAAGCUAACUUCGCUAUAUAAUAAGAGUUUAUAUUUUCUAAUCUUACUCUCCACCAGAAACCAGUCCUUGCAACACCUUAGGAGCGGCAACAUUUGGGUUCACUUGAAGUUAAUCUGUGCACUAAACACAAACAUCUGUGAAUAAAAAAAAACACAGCUCAUCGACACAGGAAACAUACAAGAAAUAUAUCUUCUGUGGGGAAUAAUGAACAUGCAUUCAGAUGCUUUUACACACAUACAAAUAGAUUUGAACAUCAGAAAGUUCACCUGAACAUCAACAGAGUUUGGGGUUUGUGUGCAGCUAUACUUCAUAUUGAUAUGAAAUGCUAAUCUGUGCAGCACAUUUCAAAGCAAUACAAACAAGCUAUAUAAAAAGUAAAAAAUGGCACAAUACGAAACAAAUAAGACCAUUUAAAGAUAAGGAAUUACAAUUUGAUCCAGCAAAACAUUAUCAUAGUGAAGUGUUAAGGUAUUAAAAACACACUUUGAUUCACCUUAAUGCUUUUAGGAUUUAACACGUGUUGCACCCAGAAUAAAAAAAUGAAAGAGACAUACAGCAAUACCAUUUAAAAAUGAACAUAUCAUUUAAAAAUCAAACAUGAUUGUCACACAAUGAAAGUGGACCGAGGUAAUACAAUCCUGAUGGUGUUUUCUGAAACGUGUGUGCAUCUACAGGUGUAUUUGUUUUCAGCCCAUUCCUGUUGGCUCUGAUUCAGGUCUGUAUUCAGUCACAUCAGAGAUGAUCAGAUAUACUGGGUGUGAUUGUAUUCAGCAGCUAAAAUCAGGAGCACAUUAAUGUUACUUCUCAGGUUGUUUGACUAUGUUUAAAAAACACAUUUAACAUUUGAAUUAUUGUCAAACUGGCAGCUACCUGUCUGAACUCGUGGGAAAACGCACGUCAUUCUGGUUUUUGAAAUUGUGGCUUUUAUACAACUUUGUGAAUACGGGCUUUUAUACAUUUGCACAAUCACUGUUUAUUCUGUAUGGUUAUUACAUGCAGUGCAUCACUGUACAUGAUCACGAUUAAAAUAACACCCUUUUCCAGACCACUUA